AUGAACAAAACAAAUGGAUUAAGCAAAAUGAAAGUUAUGGCACAAGCCAAAUGUAGUAUAAAAGACGAAAAGGGGGAAUUGUGAAAAAUAGUGAAGGUAUUGUUGGCUUUCGCCAUAAUAACAACGCUAUAAAUAUUUGACUUAUAAGGAUAACUAACCUUUAGUAAAUUAGGAAACAUGAGAAACCUCCAAGAUAACAACUAACAGCAGCUAUGAAGAAAAACAUCCGAGAGAACCAAAAGAGAACUUCUCCAAAAGACCCCACAAAUGAUUAACAGAAGGAAACAGAUGCAUAGGAGAAGGGAGCUGAUGAUAAUCGAUCCUACCAGAAGAAACAAAUGCAUGGGAAAAGGGAGCUGAUCCUACCAGAAGGAAACAGAUGCAUGGGAAAAGGGAGCUGAAGAUCAUCGAUCCUCAGAAACAAUUGUCAGAAGGAAACACACAAAUAGAAGAGAAAAGGGACUAAUGAUAAUCAAUCAUCAUAAACAAUUACUCUGCCUAAAACAGUGAAUACGUAUGCAAUAUUGAAUGUAUAUAAGACAUGGGUGAAGUAUUAGCUGACUUGAGUCAUGCACCCAGCGCUGUGCUUUUGCUUUAUUGACUUUGUCCCUAUAAUAAAAUAAGUAAGUGCCGUUUCUGUUUAAGGGAUCUGGCAGUUCACUACAGCGGGGAAUGGCAACAGCGCAGGAGAGGGGCCCAAGUGAGCAGGGAGAGAGGAAGUGAAGCUGGAAGUGACGUGAACACUUUUUCCCCAGAACGAACUUUUGCUUUCAUUCCCCUCACGGAGAAGAAACAGGCUUCGUCGCUUUUUUUGGCAGGCCUGGGCCUGAAGGGUAGAUGGCUGACAACCUGCUCCUGAAAGCGCGGACAGCCUUUGUGGAGCGUGUGAGCAAGCCGGUAAUCUCUGGGCUGCUGGAUGACCUGCUGGACCAACGGGUGCUGCGCCUCGAGGAGGUGGACGAGGUGCAGGAUAGAUACACGGUGCGCGCCGACAAGGCCCGCUGCCUCAUCGACAGCGUGCGCCUGAAGGGCACCAGGGCCAGCCAGAUCUUCAUUGACAGCCUCAGGAAGCGUGAUGGCACCUUGGCACAGCAGCUGGGUCUGGCCACUGAGUCAGGGAGCCCUGGUGAGCAGUUGGCCUCCUCUGAACCCCCCGCUGGCAUCCAGGGCCAGCAACAGCGGAUCCAGCAGUGCUCCCUGAGCGAGUACCAGCGCAUCAGGGACACAGAGGGAGACCAGAUCUAUCCCAUCCACCUACCGAGGGAGACGCGAACCCGUAGAGCCCUGCUCAUCUGCAACAUUGAGUUUGAGCACUUGAGCAGGCGGAAUGGGGCGGAAGUGGAUGUGGAGGGGAUGACAAAGCUGCUUGAAGGGCUGGGCUACGUGGUGGACAUCCAUUGCAACUUAACUUCCCAGGGGAUGGCUACAGUCAUGAAGGAUUUUGCGGAUCGCAAAGAGCACUGCACCUCUGAUAGCACCUUCCUGGUUUUCAUGUCCCAUGGGGUCAGGGCUGGGCUCUGUGGGACCAAGAGCAGAGAUGGGACCACAGACAUCCUUUCCCUUGACACCAUCUAUGAGACAUUCAACAACAAGAGCUGCCGUGCGCUGCUGGGCAAACCCAAAGUGGUCAUUAUCCAGUCCUGCCGUGGAGGAAAAGAAGGGUACACGUUUGUGAGCGACUCCGGAGACCCUGCCAUGCCCGCUCCCAGCUCGGCUGACCCGAUCUCUGCAGGGCUGGAAGAUGAUGCAAUCUUUAAAGUCCACCUGGAGAGUGAUUUUGCAACUUUACAUUCCUCCACGCCUGAUACUGUCUCCUGGAGAUGCCCAGUAAGAGGCUCCCUUUUCAUCCAGCACCUGAUAGAGCAGUUUCAAAACCACGCCUGUAACAGUGAUUUACAGGAGAUCUUCCGAAAGAUCCAAUAUUCCUUUGGAAAAUUCCCUCGUCAGUUGCCAUCACAAGAACGGACUACGAUGCUGAGGAAGUUCUACCUCUUCCCAGGCCACUGAUCUCCUGCCCGAGGUGAAAAAAUAAUACACGGACAGCACAAGUGGUUGAAUUUGGGAUAAUACAGCAGAAAGCUCAAGCUCUAGGUGAACGCAGCCCUGCGCCAGAGAGAUGCACUUCUUCAGAGAAGGAAAGGACAAGAGGAAAAGCCAAGAACAGCUUUGCAGAAACACAGUCAAUCUCCAAACCAGCUACUCACGCCCCUCUGCUAGGCAAAUUACAGACCUGGAAUAAAACAGUCCUUGGUCUCUUGGCCUUCCUUCCUUUCGUGGCCUCCAAACAGCCCCAAACUGAGCAAACUCUUCCCAGGAAGCAGCAGAGACACUUGGCUCUGGAGCACCAAACGCAAAGCUGGUUAGUGUCUCUCUUAACUGUCCCGAGACAGAGCCUGUCCCCAGCUGUGACAGAGACGAUUUGCCAGCCCCAGAGCUGCUUCUGCCCCAUCUCUGUCUUUAACCGUCAUCUAAUCAAGGGUUUUCAUGUCAGACAGCACCACUUCUCUGCCUUUAGCCCUUGGGGGGCAGAUAGUCCUUACAUCUGGCAGUAGCUGCUGUUACAUGUCCUUGGGGACCCUGAGUAAGCGGGAGGUGGGAAAUCAGAGGGAGCUGAUGGAGGAGGAGAUGCCCGCCUUCAGGGCAGGCUGGGCAGAUGCGCUGGGGGGGUGGAUUUCCAUGCCUCCCU